CUGAGUGUAGUUGUCUCUAAGUUCCCCCCUCCUUGCUCUGAAAAUCAGAAUUCAAAAAGAAGAAGAAGAAGAAAUGAGAGCCACCAUUAAACUUUCAAAUUUUAUAUGCAAACAAAAAUGGCUUCUUCUUGUUUUUGUGCUUCUUCAACUUCACUUUCCCCCUUCCUUCUCUGCCUUCCUACCCGAAUCCCAAGCCCUUCUCUCUCUCAAAUCCUCCAUUUCUGACGACCCUCGUUCUUCUCUGUCCUCCUGGAACGCCGCCGCUGUCGCCGCCCACUGUACCUGGUUCGCUGUCACAUGCGACGCCCGCCGUCACGUUGUUGCCCUCCACCUCUCUUCCCUUAACCUCACCGGCACCCUUUCCCCCGACCUUGCCUCUCUUCGCUUUCUCACUAAUGUUUCCUUCGGCCUCAACAAAUUUUCCGGGGGAAUCCCACCGGAGAUUGCCUCCAUUUCUUCUCUCCAGCAUCUUAAUCUCUCUAGUAACAUCCUCAAUGGGUCGAUUCCUCGCGAGUUUUCGCAGCUCAAAAACUUACAGGUUCUUGAUGUUUAUAACAAUAACCUGACCGGUGAUUUCCCCAGGGUAGUAACUGAAAUGCCCAACCUCCGUUAUUUGCACCUUGGGGGAAAUUUCUUCACCGGUCGGAUUCCUCCGGAGGUCGGACGGUUGCAGUUCUUGGAAUUUUUGGCGAUUCACGGCAAUGACCUUGAAGGUUCGAUACCGUCGGCGAUCGGAAACUUGACGAAGCUUCGGCAACUCUUCAUUGGUUACUAUAACACCUUCGUUGGUGGAAUACCGGCGACUAUAGGGAAUUUGUCGGAGUUAGUUCGGUUGGAUGCCGCGAGCUGUGGCUUGACCGGAAAGAUUCCUCCGGAGCUCGGAAAGUUGCAGAAGCUCACUGAACUGUACCUUCAACAAAAUGCGCUGUCUGGACCUUUAAUGGAGCUAGCAGGAUUGAAGAGCAUAGAAGAGUUGGAUAUAUCAUGCAAUAUGCUUGUUGGUGAAAUACCCAUCUCUUUUGCAGAGUUCAAGAACUUGAGGCUAUUGCAACUUUUCGACAACAAGCUCUCCGGAGAGAUUCCGGGAUUUAUGGGCGACCUUCCAAAGCUGGAGAUAUUGCAAUUAUGGAACAACAAUUUCACUGGUUCAAUUCCUCGUAAUUUGGGGAAGAACGCAAUGCUUCGGACUCUCGACCUUGCUUUCAAUCAUUUGACAGGUACGAUUCCUCCUGAAAUCUGCCAUGGGAAUAAGCUUGAAGUUUUGAUCGCCAUGGAAAAUUCCUUGUCUGGUUCGAUCCCAGAAUCGUUGGGGAAUUGUAUUUCACUUAAGCGUAUACUUCUAUGGGGAAACGCUCUCGAUGGAUCGAUUCCAAAGAGGCUUUUGGCUUUGCCAAAUCUCACUCAAAUUGAUUUGCAUGAAAAUUUUCUCUCUGGAGAACUUCCCAUUACCAAUACAGUCUCAGUUAACCUUCUUCAGAUAAGUGUAUCGAAUAAUAUGCUUUCUGGGUCCUUGCCACCCACCAUCGGCGGCCUUGUGGCCGUCCAGAAGCUUCUUCUUGACAGGAAUAAGUUUUCUGGUCAGAUUCCUUCAAAUAUUGGGAGAUUACAGCAACUAUCUCGGAUAAAUUUCAGCCAGAAUAAGUUCUCUGGUACAAUUGUGCCAGAGAUAAGUGAGUGUAAGCACUUGAUCUUUCUUGAUCUUAGUGGAAAUGAGCUUUCUGGUGAAAUUCCUAACCAUAUUACCAACAUGAAGUUACUGAAUUAUAUGAAUCUCUCAAGAAACCAUUUAGUUGGGCCCAUUCCUGCUUCAAUAGUUAAUAUGCAGAGCUUAACUUCUGUAGAUUUUUCAUACAACAAUCUCUCUGGUUUGGUUCUGGGAACUGGGCAAUUUGGUUACUUCAAUUACACAUCAUUUUUAGGGAACCCUUAUCUCUGUGGAGCAUAUUUGGGGCCUUGCAAAGAUGGGGUUCUUGCCAGCAAUCACCAAGAGCAUAUGAAAGGCUCUCUCUCGACUCCUCUUAGGCUCCUGCUAGUUUUUGGAUUUUUUUUUUGUUUAGUUGCAGUAACAGUUGCAUUGAUCUUCAAAGUAAGGUGGUUUAAGAGAGCAAGGGAGUCUAAAGGAUGGAGAUUAACAGCCUUCCAACGGCUGGGUUUCUCGGUUGAUGAGAUCUUGGAUUGCAUUAAGAAGGAAAAUGUGAUUGCAAAAGGACGUUAUGGCACAGUAUAUACAGGAGUGAUGCCAAAUGGCGAUCAGAUCACUGUGAAAAGGCUUUCAAAGAUGAGUGAUGGGUGUUCUCAUGACAACGAAUUUGAUGCCGAGAUACAAGCUCUUGGGAGGAUUCGACACCGUCACAUUGUUAGAUUAUUGGGUCUGUGUUCAAACCAUGAAACUAAUCUUUUGGUAUUUGAGUACAUGCCUAAUGGGAGUCUCUAUGAGGUUCUCCAUGGCAAGAAAGGAGGUCACUUGCUCUGGGAUACAAGGUACAAGAUAGCCAUUGGAACUGCGAAUGGACUCUGCUAUCUUCACCACCAUUGCUCACCGCCCAUUGUUCAUCAAAAUGUGAAAUCAAACAACAUUAUGCUAGACACCAACUUUCAUGCCCAGAUUGCCAAUUCCGGGCUUGCAAAGUUCUUACAAGAUUUAGGGACGUUGGAUACGUCAGCUACUGAACCAGAACACGUCUACACACAGAAUGCCGACGAGAAGUGGGAUGUAUUUAGCUUUGGUGUCGUCCUCUUGGAACUUGUUAGCGGUAGGAAUCCAGUUGGAGAGCUAAGUGACAGUGUCGACAUAGUUCAAUGGGUUAGAAAGAUGGCAGACUCAGAAAAGGAAGGAAUACAUAAAAUCGUUGAUCAAAGGCUCUCAUCUGUCCCCCUCGACGAAGUGAUGCAUGUGCUCAAUGUAGCCAUGCUGUGCACUGAAGAAGAGGCUGCAAAGCGUCCCACAAUGCGGGAAGUUGUCCGGAUCUUAACCGAGCAUCAGCAACAAUCAUUCUCAAAGGAGGAUAGAAAUAUGUAAAUCAGUGAACUUUUCAAGAGUCCUCCAACACGAGAAGUUUACUGUUUUAGAGUCUGCUGUUAGAACAAAAAGGAAGCAUUAUUGUCUCCUGAAGCAUGUGGUUAUGAUUUGUGUUAGGACUUAGGAGUAUGUACUUGCAGGGUGUUUUGUGUCUAGUUUUUGGGGUUUUGGUUGGGAUUGGAUUGGCUAUGAUCUGGCUACUGUGAGACGUACGAGUACUGAUGCUAUGCAAAAUCACAACAUUCUCCCAUUACAUGAUUAAAUAAAUUUUACUUUAUGAACGAGAAAUCAUAAGUUCAAGCUUAAAGAAUGUAA